AUGGCGUGCAACAAGGCACUGUUUUCUGUGGCUGUAGUAGUCUUCGGUUUCAUCUGUUUUGUCAUAGGUGCUGUUGCUGUGGGACUACCGAAUUGGGGCUACUUUUACAGCUUGGAGAAUCCAAAUUACGAGCAAGGCUACUUCGGACCAUGGAUAAUGUGCAAAAAGAUGUACUACAAUCGGGAGAAAUGCGGCGAAGACGUCUCCAAAUUUCGACCCUCCGCGGCGGUCUAUAUCUCAGGUGUCGUCGGUGCCAUCGGUGUUACAGUUCUCGGUGUGUUUUGCGUGCUCUCCGUACUGCAGUUAGCCAUGAUCUCAUCCAAGGAGCGAGUUGGUUUCAAAUAUACGCAUCUCGUGAUGAUGAAGCUUGCACUCGCAUUACUCGCUGCGUUGCUGUCGAUAGCUGCAGCCGGUCUUUUCGCUGUUCAAGGCGAUGAUAGAGGAUACUACUUGAGACGAGGAGAAGCGUUUUAUGUUCAGAUCGUGUGUAUAGUAAUAAAUUCUUUGCUGUUCAUAAUGUCACUGUACGAUGCGUUGUUCUCGCGACGGACUGGCGGAGACCCCACCACUACGGGCGAAGCUGACGCCACCACCAUCAACAACCCGGGCUUCAAGGAAGGCAGAGGUAUAUCUAUGACGGACGCAUCGGGCAAACCUUACAGUUCCAACGGGCACGGUAGCGUUGGCUCCGUCAACACCACCGCUACAACACUAACCGGUCUAUCUGACGCUAGUACCAUUACAAGAUCACCACUCCGUUCCUCCCUGAAGAAGCCACGGCCUAGGGAAGGGGAACCAGGAGGGCUCGGCAUCCAGAACCCGGGAUAUUCCGGACAUUCACCACCGUUGAACCGGAAUGGAAGCCAGAAGAAAGUGCGUAUACAAACGCAUAGCACAGAAGUGUGA